CCGGAAUUUAAGAAAAGCACACAGCAGCAUGGCAGCAGAUAGCACAAUGUGUAAUGGCCAAGAAACGGCCUCCUUGAACGGAGAGCCAGCUUUCAAGCGACCUCGGGAGAGUGGACAGGUCGAGUCCCUGCGGAUUCCGAAGGAACCUCGGAAUAAAGUAACCGUGGUCCUCGGUGCGCAAUGGGGAGACGAGGGAAAGGGGAAAGUGGUUGACCUGCUAGCCAUGGACGCGGACAUAGUAUGCAGGUGUCAGGUACGUAGCUACGCUAAAUAGCUAGCAAACCAACAAGGCAUUUUGAACUUAACAAAAGUACGCCAGCUGUUCGGCUGCGUUGGCUAGGCCUAAGCAAAACCAAUACUAACUAGUGUAUAAAAUAUUUCGGGAAUUGGCUUACUAGCUAGCUAUUUAGUAACUUAUCAUGCGAGCCUACAGACUAGCUAACGUUAGUAUGGCAAGCUAGUUAAGCAUGCUAUCUAGUGGUAGCUGGUAACGACCACCAACAACAAAUGAGUUAUGUAGCUAGCUAACAAUUGCAGUUAGCUAGAUUUCCUUUGUCGGCCUCCCUGGUAAAAUACUGCCUACAUUGGUUUCUUUCGACUAGUUUUGAACUUGUGAUCAAUGCCCUAUGUGCAGUCAAGUUGGAUAAUGUCAGUGGCUGCUUGCAGUUCAGUUCAGUGCAGCACAGAGAAGCCCAAGGCAUUAGAACGUUGCUGGUGAGUGAUAAACCUUUGUCUCCUGUGAACUACACAAACACGUGUCCGUAUUUUGUACUAAACUGGAGUUUUAUAAUUGUUGAAACAAAGCUCUACCAGUUAACUGGUAGUUACUUAUUAAAAUAAUUUGCCUGUGUUCAGUGAUGUAGUAAAAAAAAAAAAGUUAAUCAACUCUGAUCACUGGUCGCAGUAAAACAAAUGAAUGCUCCCUGUACUUUAAAUGCAUUUUUCCUCAAAAGGUGGUGCAACAUUUUUUUUUACCCUCCACUACACCACUGCAGGCUGGGCUCCCUUGCUGCUCCUUCUCUUGGUGUUUAUGUAAAUGUCUCUUUCAGGGAGGCAACAACGCAGGCCACACAGUGGUGGUGGACUCUGUGGAGUAUGACUUCCACUUGCUGCCCAGUGGAGUGCUCAACAAGAAGGCUGUCUCAUUUAUUGGUGGGUUGACCCUCUCACUCCAGCCUCAAUGCUGCUUUCACUGGUUUGGUUUCCUAUUCAAAUCAUCCAUAACUGAACUGCUCAUCCACAGGGAACGGGGUUGUGAUACACCUGCCUGGCCUCUUCGAGGAGGCUGAAAAGAACCUGCAGAAAGGCAAAGGUGAUUAUUGGCAAUAGAAGAGGCUUGCAGGAAAUAUGAUGGCGAUAAAAGGGUAAAGGACGAUGAAGUGGAUUCUACUGAUAACACUUGACCUGCUAUUUGUCUUUGUCCAGGACUGCAAGGAUGGGAGAAGCGGUUAAAGAUAUCUGACCGUGCACACAUUGGUAAGACUCGGUUGUAUGUUUUACAAAUCUAUGGUUUAGUGUCUUGCAAUUCUAUGAAUUUAUGUUUUUCUAUUUUUUUGCCAUAUCUGCUCUUAGUGUUCAACUUCCACCAAGCUGUUGAUGGGAUCCAGGAACAACAGAGACAGCAACAGGCAGGAAAGAAGUGCGUAGGUUUUAUUGUAUGAGGAAGUGAUGGUGACUCUGGUUCCGUGUUCAUGAAGCGUCUGAGUAGGAGUGCUUAUCUAUGAGAAUCUUUAUGAAGACAACACCCUGUUCCUCAUUUCACAAUAUGGUGAAAUUGAAUGCAGCAACAACAACAAAAAUUGAAGUCAUGGUAGCCUUUUUAGGGCUACUGCCAAGGCAGUGUUUAAUUUUAGCUGUGUCAUUCCUGAAUGUCCACUCUCUGUUUUUUGUUUUCCAGUUUGGGAACCACCAAAAAGGGCAUUGGACCUGCCUAUUCUUCCAAAGCUGCUCGCAAUGGACUGAGAGUCUGUGACCUUGUGUCUGAUUUUACUGUCUUUGAGGAGAAGUUGGUACCAAAAUUGUGUUUUUUAAGAAUGCAUGUUAACUGAAAUAUGCUUUCGAUCCUUAACUUUAUUAUUGAUCAUUAAAGUCAUUGAUGUUGAUUGAUAGCUGAUGUCCUUUUCUUCAUCCACAGGUUCCGUGUGUUGGCAGAGCAUUUCCUUACUAUGUACCCCAACCUCAAUGUUGACAUUGACAGUGAGCUGCAACAACUUAAGGUGAAAAGAAUACUGCUUUAAAGUCCUAAUAUACAGUACCAGUCAAAAGUUUGGACACACCUACUCAUUCCAGGGUUUUUCUUUAUUUUUUAAAACUAUUUUCUACAUUGUAGAAUAAUAGUGAAGACAUCAAAACUAUGAAAUAACACAUGGAAUCAUGUAGGAACCAAAAAAGUGUUAAACAGAUCAAAACAUAUUUUAUGAGAUUCUUCAAAUAGCCACCCUUUGACUUGAUGACAGCUUUGCACACUCUUGGCAUUCUCUCAACCAGCUUCACCUGGAAUGCUUUUCCAACUGUCUUGAAGGAGUUCCCACAUAUGCUGAGCACUUGUUGGCUGCUUUUCCUUCACUCUGCCAUCUGACUCAUCCCAAACCAUCUCAAUUGGUUUGAGGUCGUGGGGUUUGUGGAGGCCAGGUCAUCUGAUGCAGCACUCAUCACUCUCCUUCUUGGUAAAAUAGCCCUUGCACAGCCUGGAGGUGUGUUGGGUCAUUGUCCUGUUGAAAAACAAAUGAUAGUCCCACUAAGCCCAAACCAGAUGGGAUGGCGUAUCGCUGCAGAAUGCUGUGGUAGCCAUGCUGGUUCAGUGUGCCUUGAAUUCUAAAUAAAUCAGACAGUGUCACCAGCAAAGUACCCCCACACCAUAACACUUCCUCCUCCAUGCUUUACGGUGGGAACCACACAUGCAGAGAUAAUCCGUUCACCCACACCGCGUCUCACAAAAACAUGGCAGUUGGAACCAAAAAUCUCCAAUUUGGACUCCAGACCAAAGGACACAUUUCCACUGGUCUAAUGUCCAUUGCUCGUGUUUCUUGGCCCAAGCAGGUCUCUUCUUCUUAUUGGUGACCUUUAGUAGUGGUUUCUUUGCAGCAAUUCGACCAUGAAGGCCUGAUUCACACAGUCUCCUCUGAACAGUUGAUGUUGAGAUGUGUCUGUGACUUGAACUCUGAAGCAUUUAUUUGGGCUGCAAUUUCUGAGGCUGGUAACUCUAAUGAACUUAUCCUCUGCAGCAGAGGUAACUCUGGGUCUUCCAUUCCUGUGGCGGUCCUCAUGAGAGCCAGUUUCAUCAUAGCGCUUGAUGGUUUUUGCGACUGCACUUGAAGAAACUUUCAAAGUUCUUUAAAUGUUCCGUAUUGACUGACCUUCAUGUCUUAAAGUAAUGAUGGACUGUCGUUUCUCUUUGCUUAUUUGAGCUGUUCUUGCCAUAAUAUGGACUUGGUCUUUUACCAAAUAGGGCUAUCUUCUGUAUACACUCCCUACCUUGUCACAACACAACUGAUUGGCUCAAAUGCAUUAAGAAGGAAAUACAAUCAACAAAUUAACUUAAGGCACACCUGUUACUUGAAAUGCAUUCUUGGUGACAACCUCAUGAAGCUGGUUGAGAGAAUGCCAAGAGUGUGCAAAGCUGUCAAGGCAAUUUGAAAAAUUCAAAAUAUAUUUUGAUUUCAUAGUUUUGAUGUCUAAACUAUUAAUGUACAAAAUAGUAAAAAAUAAAGCUUAACCCUUGAAUGAGUAGGUGUGACUGGUAGUGUAUAUCAAAUGUAUGUGUGUGUGUAUAUAAAUUGCUUCAUUUGUUUAAAUCUUUGUUCUGAGCCAUAAUCACUUGCCCACAUUGCAGUCAGGGAUGGGGCGGCAGGUAGCUUAGUGGUUAAGAGCAUAGUGCCAGUAACCGAAAGGUCGCUGGUUCUAAUCCCCGAGCCAACUAGGUGAAAAAUCUGUCGAUGUGCCCUUGAGCAAGGCACUUAACCCUAAUUGCUCCUGUAAGUCGCUCUGGAUAAGAGCGUCUGCUAAAUGACUAAAAUGUAAAUGGAUGCUAGUCCAGUUAUCUCUUGUUUGUGCCCAAUGAAUGUGAUCCUGUUCUCUAUACAGGUAAUUACUGUCUCAAUUGAGCUGAUUCCAUGCAGAACAUUUCUUGUUAGUCUUUCAGGGGGAGCUGGAAAACCUAAGAUGCUGAGAUGUUUCUCUGUACUGUGGGUGGUCACUGAUUUCUUUUUCUCGCUCUUUUCAAGCUGUAUGCUGAGAGGUUGCGCCCCCUUGUGACCGAUGGGGUGUACUUCAUGCACAAGGCCCUCACUGGGCCCAGCAAGAAGAUUCUGGUGGAGGGAGCCAAUGCAGCCCUCCUGGAUAUUGACUUUGGUGAGAACAGAAGGGGUUGAGGGGGGUACAUUAUUAUGCUACUCUGCUAUUUAGUGAUGGCCAUUGGAAUAUAAUUAGAAGAAAAUCAAAUAAUAAUUUGUCCUUUUCAGGCACCUACCCGUUUGUGACGUCCUCUAACUGCACUGCUGGGGGGGUGUGCACUGGCCUGGGUGUGCCCCCGUCCCAUGUGGGGAGGGUGUAUGGUGUGGUCAAGGCUUACACCACCCGGGUGGGUGUUGGCGCUUUCCCCACUGAGCAGGACAAUGUGAGUGGAUAGGGUUUGUGUUUUGCAUAAUUGUUCUUACGUCAUACAGUAUGAAUUUGUAGCGGUGUAAACCUACUGUCUAGGAACUGUCUCUUCCAGUACUUCGUAUUUACAUUGUUUAUAGUGAAUCCUAGAUCUGACUGCUGUGUUGGUUGUGGUACAGGAGGUUGGCAACUUGUUGCAGUCCAGAGGGAGGGAGUUUGGUGUGACAACGGGCCGGCGGCGCCGCUGUGGCUGGCUGGACCUGAUCCUUGUCAGAUACGCCCACAUGGUCAACGGCUUCACAGCGUAAGUCUUUCCUCCUUUCUGGAUGUGUUCCAUACUGUAUGCAUUGUAAUUAUUGGAUCACAGUGUACAGUCUCUUGUACUUGUGUGUGCCUCCACUAUGUUCAGUGGCUGUCCACCUAUUCCAUAAGUGUUUGACACCACUGUUCCUCUCCGACAGCAUCGCUCUGACCAAGCUUGACAUCCUCGACACGCUGCCAGAAAUCAAAGUGGGUGUGGCCUACACUGUUGAUGACGAGCCCCUUCCCAGUUUUCCUGGUAAGUUUCUCCCUGUCUAGGAGGAAUUAUCUUAUACAGUUCCUCCUUUAACUUUACCAUUACACACUUGAUUUGGCUUGCCCUGCACGCUGGCUCGCAUCUUAUUCCCUGUGUCUCCCGCUGUAGCCAAUAUGGACGUGCUGACGCGGGUGUCAGUGAAGUAUGAGACGCUACCUGGAUGGUGCUGCAGCACUGAGGAUGUGCGGUGCUUUGAGGAGCUGCCUUCUCAGGCACAGAGCUACAUCCGCUUCAUCGAGGACUUCUUGCAAGUGCCAGGUUAGUCAAGAAACAAGUAUUUAUGGUGAUUACUAAAACCAACCUUGUUUUAAUAAUUGAUGAUCAUAUAUUCACUGUGAAUUUGGUUUUACUUGCAGUGAAAUGGAUUGGAGUUGGAAAAUCCAGAGAAAGCAUGAUCAAGCUGUUCUGAUCAGUUUGAGGUUUGGGAACUGAUAUCUUUUGGGUUUCUCGCCAUCACAACAGCUGCUUGGGACAACAAUUAUGUUUUGUUGAUGAAUACUUAGAUGACUAUAAACCUUGGGUUAAAGUCCCAAAGUCUGUUCUGCAGAAAAGGAAAAACAUCACCAGCAAUGUUAUUAGUUUAAUGUAUAACCUGCAUUCCAUAGCUUUCUUUUCUUUUGAUAUGACAACACAAUAUAUUGACCAAUAUGAUGUUCAUCCUCAGUAUGUAAUGGACAGGGAUUAAACCUUUAACACCUGUGGUAGCCAUCCCAGGCUUUCAUCAACCUUUUUCAUUUAGUUGAACUAGUAAUACAAGUUUUUACAACUGUUUGUUUUUUUGUUUGGUUUCUUUUAAAGCUAGAUUUUAAAAUGACCUCACCUUGUAGUUAUUUUUUACACAAUCUUUUGCUUAAAGGUCGCGAUACUAGGCUAAUGUUUAAGGAAGCCUCAUAAUUAGGUCUUUGGAUGAGCUGGCCUGUUGUAUGAAGGAAUUAUAGGCAGGAUUUCAGAUUCAAAAGGGAUGCUGUCUGAAAGCCUCAAUUUCAUAUUGAUCAUUAAGAUCAAGAACCUGUGACUGCACACGAACACACUGGCUGAUGUUUAGAACCUGGGUGGAACUCCAUGUUAAUGUACAGUAACAGUCAAGUUUGGACACCUACUCAUUCAA